UGACUGCAACCCAAGUGUAAAUAUGAUGGCGGCCGCGUAAGUACGCGGAAGCGGGUAGUAUCUGCGUUUGAAGACGUCAAUGCGAAAGUCGCGCAGCCAGCAACGCGUGUGGUUUGUUUCGCCUGAAAAAGUUUGUGGACCUCUCGCGAUCGUUUUCUUUAGAGGACCCUAAAGUUCUGUGCGGCUCUUUGCACGACCUCCUUGGGAGCGUGUCUCCUGCAAUGACGUCUCCGCCGAAACCUUGGGAAACAUGCGCUGCGGGUCGCCCGUCUACAUCGACCGCCGGGCACGUAAACAGUUCUUCCUGGGACGACAGUCUUGCAAGUAACAGUGGGCUGCCGAAUGGCCCCGUGGGUCAGCCUCACGUGACCCACCAGCCACCAGCCAUACCACCAAGGCCUAGCCAACAGCCACUGCAUGCUGGCUCUGGAUAUGGCUACGGCUAUGGAUCGGCCAUCUCCCCAUAUGGCACUCGAUAUGGUUAUGGAGCUGGUGCCUAUGGAUACAAUAGCGGCCUGUAUGGGACCAGUGGCUUGUACGGCACAGGUGGCAUGUAUGGGACCAGUGGCUUGUACGGCACAGGUGGCAUGUAUGGAGCAGGUGGUUCGUAUGGAGCUGGCCCCUUGCAACAGCUAGCAGAAGAAAGCACCCGAGGUGCAUUUCACUCGGUCGAGGCUGUUGUCCAGGCAUUUGCCUCGGUGAGCUUGCUGCUGGAGUCGACGUACCAGGCACUGCAUAGCUCGUUCCGUGCUGUAGUUGGUGUCGCAGACCAGUUUGGGCGACUGAAGCUGCACCUAGCACACACGUUGUCAGCACUUGCCCUGGUGCGCUCCCUUCGGUGGCUGCUGCUCCGGACCUGGUACCUCCUGCGAGGGCGCAGUGGCAUGACCGAGGCUGCCUGGAACCAAGCAACCAGAGCAGGGUCAGCGAUUCCGUCUGCAAGCCCACCCCCGGCGGAUGGCUCUUCCAGCUGGCCCAUCGUGGCUUUCUUCGGCUUUGUCGUAGGUGCACCCUGGCUCCUGUGGAGGAUCUUCAGUGCAGCAGCUCACAGGGAGGCCCGGUGGGCAUCGGGUGAGGAGGAACACCAUGUGGCCGUCGCAUUGUACGACUUCCAGCCUGAAGCACCGGGUGAACUGGCAAUCAGGGCUGGGCAGGAGCUGCGCCUGGCACCGAAGGAGCUGCAGCCCCGAGUGCGUGGCUGGCUGCUGGCCAGCUUGGACGAGGGUCGCCAAGUGGGCCUGGUGCCGGCAAACUACGUCAAGGUGCUGGGAGUACGGCCAGCCAACAAGGGCACUGCUACAGCAGAAGUUGCACCACCGCCACCGUGACUUCCUGCUUAGCCAUUACUGUUUCUGUGUACAUAGUCUGUGGAUGUUGAAAAAUUAAACGAAUAAUUUGCAUAUUUAGGCCAA